AUGUUGCGGCCGUUCAGCAACCCUCCAUUGAGGGUCACCAGUCUCGUGCCCUACUUCCUCCGCGCCAAUUCGUACGAUGCCACUCGGAUGAACUUGAACAUUAAUCGGGAUACAAAGGUUCUGAUCCAAGGCUUCACCGGCAAGCAGGGCACCUUCCAUGGCAAGCAGAUGAUCGAGUACAACACGCGCGUCAUUGGCGGCGUCAACCCGAAGAAGGCCGGCGAGAAGCACCUAGGAUUACCAGUGUUCGGAUCUGUUGCCGAUGCCCGGCGGGAGACUGGCUGCGAGGCGACCGUCAUCUACGUGCCGCCCUCCGGCUGCGGCGCCGCUAUUGAAGAAGCCAUCGAUGCCGAGGUGCCCCUGAUCGUCUGCAUCACAGAGGGUGUGCCACAACAAGACAUGGUUCGCGUCAAGGCAAAACUCCACAAGCAAAGCGCCUCGCGGCUCGUCGGCCCAAACUGCCCGGGGAUCAUCUCGGCCGAACAGUGCAAGAUUGGCAUCAUGCCCGGGAGGAUCCACAAGCGCGGAUGCAUCGGAAUCGUUUCGAGAUCUGGCACCCUAACCUACGAGGCCGUGCACCAGACUACCGCCGUCGGACUGGGCCAAACGCUGUGCGUGGGCAUCGGCGGCGACCCGUUCAACGGCACCAAUUUCAUCGAUUGCCUUGAGGUAUUCCUUCGCGACAACGAGACGAAGGGCAUCAUCCUGAUCGGCGAGAUUGGUGGCAACGCCGAAGAGCAAGCGGCCGAGUAUCUGCGCGAACACAACGCUGGCCCAAACGCGAAGCCCGUCGUGUCGUUUAUUGCCGGUGUGACAGCGCCACCAGGUCGCCGAAUGGGCCACGCAGGCGCCAUCAUCGCCGGAGGAAAAGGAUCGGCGCAGGAGAAGAUCGAGGCGCUGCGUGAUGCUGGUGUGCACGUGACGAACUCGCCCGCUCAACUCGGCGUCUCCAUCCAGCAGGCCCUCCAGAAGAAGUAUUUC